UGCUUUUGUGCGCGUGUUCCCAUGGACCGAGCGUCAACGAGGCAACGGUCGUCGCCAACUACCUCAGGAGCUUUCCAAGCUUGGGUCAACCUCCUGCAACAAAGAGACCGUGGCUCUACGCCGAGGGACAAAGGAGCAACUGUCGUCGCUGCGAGUCUUCGGCAUCUAACCCCACGAGGUACGCAACCCGGGCCAUCGCGUCUGGCGCAGUCCAGCAACGUCCCCUGCCGUGUCCCCGACGUAUGAAGUUCCGCAUGACGUAUGAAGUUCCCCGAUGGACGACGUUGCGUGGCUCACCUUCUGUGCACUCCAGCUUCGCAGCCACUGCUUUCCUGGCGAAUGAAGAAGCCUGCACUACCCGCCCUGCAGGGCAUCGACUGCGCCCUCCCCCAACAGAUUUUCCCGUGCCCUGCCGUGUCCCAGAUGGACGACGUUGCGCAGCUCACCUUCUGUACACUUCAGCUCCAGCCUCGCAGCCACUGCUUCCCUGGCGAAUGAAGAAGCCUGCACUACCCGCCCUGCAGUACAUUGACUGCGCCCUCUCGCAACGGAUUUGCCUGUGCCUGGCGUGUCCCAGACGUAUGACGUUGCGCGGCUCACCUUCGAUGCACUUCAGCUCCAGCCUCGCAGCCACUGCUUUCAUGGCGAAUGAAGAAACCUGCACAGCCCGCCCUGCUGUACAUUGACUGCACUCUCCCGCAACGGAUUUCCCUGUGUCCUGCCGUGUCCCAGACCUAUGACGUUCCGCGGCUCACCGCCUGGGUACUUCAGCCCCAGCCUCACAGCGACUGGUUUCCUGGCGAAUGAAGAAACUUGCACUGACCGCCCUGCAGUACGUGAGACCAUAAUCGUGGCCCCUGCACCUGCCCCCGUCAAGAUCCGACGUCUGCGCAGUAGGCGACGACACCUAGUGCUGGCCCUACUACGGCAGGCCUUGCUUUUGUGACUGUUCAUAACACUGCUACAUCCAACGACGUUCAGCUGCACCAAUAGUCCUUCCCCAUGUGCUCCGUGCUGCCUUGAGGGUGGUGCACAACUAUGGAGUGAUGAGCGAACUAUGAAAUAUGAGCGACCUGGACAUCCCUGCAAGAGUUCUUUCCGCCCUGCAACUGCUUCAUGGCCGCUCGAUGAAUACGCCCAUGUGUGGUACGCUGCUCAGUCUAGCCUUGGGUUGAUCGGGGGGAUUCUUGCUCGUGUACGUUAAUUCAUAUCAUGUGCUCUCGUAAUGGUACGCUGAUGCUGGUUCGCGUUGCGAAGUAGCGCGCGCGUAUGUGUGCGUAUGAGCAUGCGUGUGCGAGUAUGUGUUGCAUGUAUGUUGUAUGUAGUAUUGUUUGUAUUGUAUUGUGUAUGGUAUGUAUGUAUUGUAUUGUAGUAUGUUUAUUGUACGCGCGUGCUACUUCGCCUAUUUCAUCUUGUAGUUGGCUUCAUUUCAGUUCGGGUGUGUUCUCUCUUCUUCCAUGCAGUUUUUCGUGGCUGACCUCUUUGAAUCGGUGAAUUCCUUCACAAAGCUUGUUGAUGGAUUCGCAGUGAUGGUCGCGAGUGUUCUCCAAAACGCUUCCAAAUUUGUCGCUGGGCAUUCCCCUUACUUGAAGGGUGUCCAGUGGUCCACUCCUAGAUUUGUUCAGGGCCCUUGUCACAUUACUUUCCACUCGACGAGAUCUCUGUUAGUAGCUUUUCCUUGUCCACUUCUUUGUCAAUAGAUUCAUUAUGGCUAAUGCGACACAUCAGCGUACCAUUACAAAAAGUACAUGGGGUGAAUUAAAGGCAAAUCAUCUACGUUAGCUAGUGACGGUCAUAUCUACAUGAGCUUAUCAUUUAUCUGGUGCUGGCAUGGCUCCAGACUUUUUAAAAACCUGUCUGCUGUAUUAAAUCACGGCAGCCGUAAAGCUGCGUACCACUCCACAGCAAAGCAGCUCCUGAAUCUCCCUUCAGCAUCAUUGGACAUUCAUACGAUAGCACCACCACAGAUGCCUGUGGUGUUAGGUCUUCGACAGACUGUUUCAUCACCUUUCCUUCUGGGCUUGUGUUCACAGCCGUGUGAAAAUUUACCUGCUUGCAUUCAGUUGUUGUACUUCUCUAUAGCAUGUAUUUUCUGAACUAUGUUUCCUGGAACUCGAUAAAGUAGCUAAAGUAUUUUGUUUACAUUGCACUAUUUUCCCAUGCGCAACAUUGUACAGUUGUGACAGAGUGACUUCGUACUGAAUCUUCUUGUCAACACUUCGGUGUUCACCGGUGUUAGAUGCCGACUGAAAUAAAAUUUUGGACUUCAUUCCAGAGUGUA